AUAACGAAUUCAGAAGAAGGUGGGCAUGGGCAUGUAGAGUUUAAGGAGUGACUGUAGCAUCAGUGGCCUCCUCUAAACCCUGACCGCAUUUACUAUCUCCUCUUUCAUCCAAAUAAAUUCAGCUUCUCUUCCCCGCCAGCACCAUUCAUUUCAUGCCAUCAACAUUCAAUUCAAAGUCCCACGUGCCCCUCACGUGCCCUCACCCCAACCCCUCCCUCCUUCCUCCCUCCAUGCAUACCUUGAGACGCCAUUUAUUUAUUCUUUUCCCUUUUAUAUAUUCUCAUUAUCCUUCUUUCUCUCUCUCAUCAUAAUAAUACUUACCAUGGCUUCUCCUCCUCCCUUAUCACUAGACGUCGUCGGAUCAGACACCGUUACAACAACAGUUUCUAGCUCAAGCACAACGCCACCACGCCGUUCAUCUCCGUUACAGAACCUCAGCCCAAGCAUCCUCAUCAUCGUAACGGUUCUUGCCGUCACCGUUAUAGUCUCCCUUGCACUCUGUUUCCUCCUCCGCCACAUCAACCGCCGCUGCCUACGCCGUCUCUCUCGUUUCUCAGCCACGCCAUCUUCCUCCGCCACGCCAAUCUUCACCUCCAGCCGCCGAAUCUCGCCGGAAGUCCCUCAAAACUCUUCCACUUCCUACUCUUACAUCAUCGACUCCCUACCGCUUUUCACCUUCUCCUCCGUCACUCGCCGCUCCUCCGCCGCCGACUGCGCCGUUUGCCUCUCGAAGUUCCGUAACGACGAUCUCCUCCGCCUCCUACCUAUCUGCUGCCACGCCUUCCACGCCGAAUGCAUUGACACCUGGCUUCAGUCCAACCUCUCCUGCCCGCUCUGCCGAUCCGCCAUUGUCGCCACCGAAUCGGACCUCGGCAAGGUCGUCCGCUCGUCUUCCUCCACCUCCGGCAGUGACAGUUUCCGCCUCGAGAUAGGGAACGUGAGCCGCCGCGGCACCGCGCCCGAUGGCUCCGCCGCAGUUUCUGGCGAAUCCCGCGCCGGAGGCGCUAGGUCUAGGUCAUACUCCAUUGGAUCGUUCGAGUAUUUCGUGGAUGAAGAUUCGGAAGUUCCAUUCAGCCACGCUCAUCGAAGAAGCACGUCUGAUCAGAAGGACAUUCCGGCGUCGGCGGAGGCUCCGGCGAGUCAGCAUGAAGCGAAUCUCGCCGGCGAGGUUGGCGGCGUAAGGAGCUGGCUGAAGGAGUACAUGGAUAGAGUCUCAGCUUCUAUAUCGACACGAACGGCGUCGUUUCGAAGUUCUGGAAGGUUCUUCAGCGGUACUGGUGGGAGUAGUCGCCGAAGCGACGUCGUUCCAGUCGUAGCUGCAGAAUAUGACAUUGAAGGUAACAGAAUUGGUGAAGAGAUCACCGAAAUGUUUCGCUGGCUCUCAGGGGUAUGACAGUAAAUUU